AUGAGAUACUCAGAUCUACCAUUUGAAAUCCUUGAGCACGUUUCUGAUUAUCUAUCAACAAAUGAUAAACGCUCCUGUUCACUGACAUGCAAGGGAUGGAGACACCCAUUUCAAAAGGCUCUGUGGAGAUACAUACGAUUAAAUUCACACCACACCAUCCAACAACUUAUCGACAUUAUUAAAAAGAAUCAAAAUGUUUCCACAUCUUACAGGCUCUGGGUUUAUAGCCUACAAAUAUAUGUUUCUUAUCCUGGAACAGAAACAUCAGAUAUAGAAUUCUCUAAAUUACUCCAGUGCCUGCCAAACUUGAGGUGUCUAGACCUAAGACCCAUAAGCUAUAAAAGCAUAUAUACAGACACAACAAGCUCGGAAAAAAUAUGGACGUCUCUGGAAACCUUGAAAAUACAAUCGGAAGGAUAUAGUGACAUACAACAAAGGUUAGACAUAUUUGAAUUUAUAAAUACGUGUAGCAUGCUCCGAGAAUUAGAAAUACAAGCUAUGUUAAGGGAUCAACAGUUUGAGUUUAGUAUGAAUGACUUUGAUAACAUGCACCUCAACUUGAAAAAACUAUCAUCUAUCACGGUUUACACAUGUCUCAAGCUCAACUUUUCAACUAUAUUGGACACAAUCCCAAACAUGGUACCCGCUUUUGCAAUGACAUCUUUAAAUAUAAGCUGGUGUCCCUAUGCCGACAGUGUUACCUGGGGCAAGAACGAAAGAAUGAUAUCUCUUUUUCGAUCCAAUCCAAACGCAUUUCAACACCUGGAAACAUUCGAUCUCACAUACGACAGACAUUCCAUCCUUUCGAGCUUUAUUUUAUUGGAAGUGCUUCGUGAAUUAAGAGUCCCUCUUAGGCAUUUGAUAUUGGAUCCAACACAAUUGAGAUAUAUAAGCGAGUCACCCUCAAUCAAUGUUAACACUGUUCUAGAAUUCUUUUCUGAAACACUCCAGAGUUUUAAGGUGAAACGCUUUAAAUAUAUUUCUGCGAACCAAGAUCCGACUUUCAAACUAUCUUCUUACUACCGGCUUUUGACGGACCUUUACAUCAGUAGCAACUAUGUAACUCUUGAUCUUGGUGAUUUAUUGGACAAAUGCGUGGCCCUUAAACAGCUGGAAUUUUGUGCUGGAACACUGGUCAUCGAUCCAAACACGACAAACGAGGAGUCAAAGAAAGAGCAACAGCAGCACGGAUUGCAGAUUUUGACAUUAAGGAAAUGCACCGUAAAUUCUGAAAUACUUAAUUACCUCUCGUCUAGAUGUAGAAGUUUGAAACAUAUAACUUUGGAUACUUUGCUCAUCAAGGGAUCUAUUUGUAAAAGGACUGGGUGUUUGCUACUCGAUAUGCCGCAUACCUCCUUGAAGACCCUGAACAUUGGUCAGCUUCGAUACAGUCCACCAUACGAAGAAACAAAUGUAUACGAUCAUAGUCGUCUGACGCUUCUGUCUAAAUUAAACGACGCUUCAUUAUCAGACGAAAAGAUCGAAAGAGAAAAAAAUCAAAUUGAUUCAGAGCACCCUAUAUUAACAAGUCACCCUAUUGAUUGGGUCCAUACAUAUGAUGAAUCUGCACAUUAUAAGUAUAAGAGAGUAAAAACUACAAAACUUUCAAAGAGUGGAGCCGAUAUCGCAUUUAAAUACUUUCAAGAAUUUGGGUCCAAAACAGUCCUCCAAAAUUCAAAACAUCAAUGCUUGUACGAUGAAGAAAUCGGCUAUAUGGACAGGGAAUGCGAACUUCACAAAGGAUAUGGCCAAUUCAGAUUUGGCAAGAUUGAAUGUGUGCAUGUUAUAUGA